GCGCGCCUGCCCCUCGGAGCUCUCGCGAGAGCCGCGUGCUGCAGACGGGACGGACAAGAUGGCGGCGACCCCGACGAUGGCGCUGGGCACGGAGUCCAUUAAGAUGGAGAACGGGCAAAGCACGGCAGCCAAGCUGGGGCUGCCCCCUCUCACCCCAGAGCAGCAGGAAGCUCUCCAGAAAGCCAAGAAGUACGCGAUGGAGCAGAGCAUCAAGAGCGUGCUGGUGAAACAAACCAUCGCCCACCAGCAGCAGCAGCUCACCAACCUCCAGAUGGCAGCAGUGACAAUGGGCUUUGGAGAUCCUCUCUCACCUUUACAAUCGAUGGCGGCCCAGAGGCAGCGCGCGCUCGCCAUCAUGUGCCGGGUCUACGUGGGCUCCAUCUACUACGAGCUGGGGGAGGACACCAUCCGCCAGGCCUUCGCCCCCUUCGGGCCCAUCAAGAGCAUCGACAUGUCCUGGGACUCUGUCACCAUGAAGCACAAGGGCUUUGCCUUUGUGGAAUACGAGGUUCCCGAGGCCGCCCAGCUGGCCCUGGAGCAGAUGAACUCUGUCAUGCUGGGGGGAAGGAACAUCAAGGUGGGGAGGCCCAGCAACAUCGGGCAGGCUCAGCCCAUCAUUGACCAGCUGGCAGAGGAGGCCCGAGCCUUCAACCGCAUCUACGUGGCCUCAGUGCACCAGGACCUGUCCGACGACGACAUCAAGAGCGUGUUCGAGGCCUUUGGCAAGAUCAAAUCCUGCACCUUGGCCAGGGACCCCACCACAGGGAAGCACAAAGGCUACGGCUUCAUUGAGUACGAGAAGGCCCAGUCCUCCCAGGAUGCCGUGUCCUCCAUGAACCUCUUUGACCUGGGGGGUCAGUACCUGCGCGUGGGCAAGGCCGUGACACCCCCAAUGCCGCUCCUGACACCUGCCACACCUGGAGGGCUCCCCCCUGCAGCUGCUGUCGCUGCUGCUGCUGCCACCGCCAAGAUCACAGCACAGGAAGCCGUGGCAGGAGCUGCAGUGCUGGGCACGCUGGCCACCCCGGGGCUCGUGUCCCCUGCCCUGACGCUGGCCCAGCCCCUGGGGGCCCUGCCCCAGGCUGUGAUGGCUGCACAGGCCCCUGGUGUCAUCACAGGUGUGACCCCUGCCCGGCCGCCCAUCCCGGUGACCAUCCCGCAGGUGGGCGUUGUGAACCCCAUCCUGGCCAGCCCCCCAGCGCUGGGGCUGGUGGAGGUGAAGAAGGAGAAUAAGGAGGAGGAGGAGGUGUUCCAGGAGUCGGAGCGGCCGGAGAUGCUGAGCGAGCAGGAGCACAUGAGCAUCUCGGGCAGCAGCGCCCGCCACAUGGUCAUGCAGAAGCUGCUGCGCAAGCAGGAGUCCACGGUGAUGGUGCUGCGGAACAUGGUGGAUCCCAAGGACAUCGACGACGACCUGGAGGGAGAGGUGACGGAGGAGUGCGGCAAGUUCGGGGCUGUGAACAGGGUCAUCAUCUACCAGGAGAAGCAGGGCGAGGAGGAGGACGCCGAGAUCAUCGUCAAGAUCUUCGUGGAGUUCUCCAUGGCCUCAGAGACUCACAAGGCCAUCCAGGCGCUCAACGGGCGCUGGUUCGCGGGCAGGAAGGUGGUGGCCGAGGUCUACGACCAGGAGAGGUUCGACAACAGCGACCUCUCGGCAUGAACUGCACCCCGGGGCUGUGGCUGGGCCUGGGGAUGGGCCUCGGCCUGGAUCUGCUCCUGGGGCUGGGACUGGGCCUGGAUCUGAUCCUGGGGAUGGGGAUGAGCCCAGCUCUGAUCCUGGGCCUGGGUUGGGCUUGGAUCUGGGCCUGGGCCUGACUCUGAUCCUGGGUCUGGGGAUGGGCCCGGCUCUGAUCCCAGAGCCUUGAUCCAGGGAAUGGGCCCAGCUCUGUUCCCAGGGCUUGGCUGAGCUUGGCUACUGGGAUCUUGUGAUCCCAGAGAGCUCUGGGAUCAUAGAUAAACCAGUUUCCCUGGAUUUCCCUGGAUCUGGUUGAACUCAGGUCCAGGGAAAUCAUCCAGCUCUGUUCCCAGGGCUUGGCCAAGCUUGGAUCCAAGGAAUCAGCCCAGCUCUGAUCCCAGGAAUUGGCCAAGCUCGGAUCCAGGGGCUCAGCCCAGCUCUGAUCCCAGGAAUUGGCCAAGCUCAGAUCCCAGGAAUUGGCCAAGCUCUGCUCUGGGCCCGGCCCUGUCCCCUCUGCCUCCCGGGGUUUUUGUAGCCGUGUGUAAAGGACAUUCCAGGACAUUCCAGGGCGGGCAAGGGGAUCUGGUGUCUGGGGAGUUGAGAUAAAAACGCAGAGAA